AUGGCUAAAUCCUCUAGAUCAAAGUCCAAGCUUCAAGCAAAAGCUGUGAAGAGGUCAUUGGAAUUCCAGAAAUACGAAGAUGAAAGGAGGAAGAGACUGUUUGAGAAGUCCCAAGCAGCCCUGGUAAAACAGAAGGAAGAGGCAAGCGAAGACAAAGACUCUAAACCUGCCAAGGUCUCCACUGUGGAAGUUGACAUAGAUAUAGACUCUGUCCCUUUGAAAAAGCCUGAGAAGAGGACGACCAAGAAGAACUUUAAGAAGAGAUCAAGAAGACAAAAGUGGAAUCAUCGUUUGGGCUUUGAACAGUUCACCCCCGAAAAGCCAUGGUAA